ACCUAUGUUGACAAUUACAGGCCUCUGUAAUCUUUUCAAGUAGGAGAACUUGCACAAUUGGUGGUUGACUAAAUACUUAUUUGCCCCAUUGUACUUUACCAGGGAGGCUGAUGAGUGUGAAAAGGCAAUGUGGGUCCUCCUUCCCAUGGGCUCACCACCUGUGGGAAAGGCCAAAGGGGUCAGGUGUGUAGUGAUUUGGGCGGCAGCCAAAGGCGGGGGGCCUUGGUGGUCCGACUCCCGGCUACAGAAUAUUAGAGAGAUAAAAACGAUGACAUUUUGUGUUGCCCAUGCAGUCUGCUCUAGUCAUCAGCCUCGUGUUUGUUGUCUCUGUCACCUAAAUCUCAUUCUUAAUCUUCCUCCUCUUCCAAAUUAGCUCAAACCUAUAUGGCUGUAUGCCACUGGCUUCCUCUGGUUCGAUGAUAUCACUUGAUACUAGAGCAGGGCGGUAAACCGAAAAUUUAUCGUCACCGAAAUUCUUCACGAUGACCGACGUAAAUUUGACCAUGUCGGUAAAUUCGGUAAUUUAAUAAAACAAGAAAAUAUAGUCUUUAUAUCCCGCUUUGACGCUGUGUUGUUCGGCUACGUUCAUUCCCCUUUAAGAAAGCAGACACCAUGCUUACGUAUGGAGUCACGUGGUUUUCAGGAAGCCAAUCAAACAGAAGCCCGGUAGGCUAACGCUAGCAGCUAACGCUACAAGUAAACGGGAUGGAGUCGGGCUUAAGUUAGCUUCGCCAGACUUUCACCCGACAUAAAGUAAACUCUUGGUGGGUCCCAGACGGGCUUUCACCCGCUGUCCUCCCUGGUUCUAAAUAUAGUCUUUUUAUCCCGCUUUGACGCUGUGUUGUUUGGCUAUGUUCAUUCCCCUUUAAGAAAGCAGACAGUGUGCUUACGUAUGGAGUCACGUGGUUUUCAGGAAGCCAAUCAAACAGAAGCCCGGUAGGCUAACGCUAGCAGCUAACGCUACAAGUAAAUGGGAUGGAGUCGGGCUUAAGUUAGCUUCGCCAAACUUUCACUUGAAAUAAAGUAAACUCUUGGCGGGUUCCAGACGGGCUUUCACCCGCUGUCCUCCCUGGUUCUCACGAUAUCAGGAGAGGAUGCUUUCUUCUGGUAGCCAAGCCACAGGCUAACGCUAGCGGGUAACAACGGCUACAAAUGAACGUGAAAGAGUCGGACAGCGGCUCUAAUCUUGUCGAAACGGCUGAAAUUAAUGAGAGGACUGGGCACAGCUAUUUUUCUGUAUGUGUUUGCUUUAUUCUGCUAUCAUAAAACCUUAAAUGUUUCAUUGGCAUCAGAGCAAUACAUCUUUAAUCUGGUUGUGUCUGUGCGGGGGUGCAUGUAUUAAAAAAUGUUUCGGAAAAAAAAAUAAAAUAAACUGAAACCUUGACAUAAACACUUGUGUUGAAUAAUUAUGACACAGCAGCCAUUACCAAUAAGUUGUCUGAAGUGUACUGUUAAAGCUGCAAGUCAUUUGUGUUAGAAUGACAUGUUUGCACAGUCGUCAUAUUGAUUUUUAUAAUGUACAUUUUUCAAGUCAUACAAGCUGUUAUAAAUGUUCACACUAGAAUUCUUAUUGUUUACAAGAUUUUUUUAAUACUUAAUGUUUAGACUGCAUGUGCAAUUGUUUAAUUGAAAGCUGGUUUAAUAAAUUUAACGAGAAAUGGUUAAUUUGUAUUCCAUGCAUUGAUUCAAAUUUUCAAAUUGUAUAACAGUCUGCUUGGGCGAAUUUAUCGUCAUUUAUCGUUAUCGAGGUAAAUCUGCUCAAUUUAUCGCGAUACGUACUUAAGGCCAUAUCGCCCAGCCCUACUUGAUACACGCAUGAACCAGAGUGAAUCCACUCUUAGCUUCCUUUAUGUCAAUUUUCACCCUGUUGUCAUAUUCUGAACUCAAAAUAUCCUGAGAAUAUCAUCAAAAAAUACAAACGCGCACAUGUCGUUAUUCCCUUCCCUCCCAAAGUCUCUAAUUGUCUUUGGCGAAUGUGCCGACACGCCGCCGUGUGCAAUUCCAUUCAUGUUGUUGCCGUCUAAUUGCUGGGCUCCUUUGAGGAAUCAACAGCGACUUAAUCACGUGUGAAAAUACACAAGUCAAUUACCGCACACGCACGAAUAUUUGAUGACUCGACACAGCGCUCCAUGUGAGGAGCGCGAGGAGGAGGGGGCUACGGUCUCCUAAAGAGGGCCCCGAACGCACCGCCACGUCUGCAUGUGACGGCCCGCGUAUCCGUCACGGGGAGUGUUGACAGAACACGCUGGAGACGUGCAGCAUGUGCAGCAAACCCAUCAUGGAGCGCAUCUUGAGGGCCACGGGCAAGGCCUACCACCCUCACUGCUUCACCUGCGUGGUCUGCAAACGCAGCCUUGAUGGCGUGCCCUUCACCGUCGACGCCUCCAACCACAUCCACUGCAUACAAGACUUCCACAAGAAGUUUGCGCCGCGCUGCUGCGUGUGCAGUGAGCCCAUCAUGCCAGCCCCCGGUCAGGAGGAGACGGUUCGCAUUGUGGCUCUGGAUAGAGACUUCCACGUGCACUGCUACCGCUGUGAGGACUGCGGCUGUCUGCUGUCGGAGGGCGACAACCAGGGCUGUUACCCUCUGGAUGGACACGUCCUGUGCAAGAACUGUAACAGCGGACGCAUCCAGGCGCUCUCCGCUAAGGCCACCACUGACCUCUAAAUAGGCAAAUGAUAAAAUGUACCUACGCUGCCAUUGACGGCGAUUAAAAAAAAAUCAAAUUCGCCGUCAGUGGUAGCAAACGAAAUUUCGUCAAUUCCAAUAUUUUCUUUAUCGCGUUUACCGAUCAAAAUCGGGCGAAAAUUCCGCUAACAUUGCCUCGUGCCCUAGCGUUAGCGCCUCUUUAUGAAUUAUUCUUCCUCCUAUGCAGAAAAAAUAUGCAACUUUCUCUUUGUUUACGUCGGAAAUUCCGCCUCUAACAUGGCUUGCAUCAAUCGCAUGGACACUUUAUCAGAAUUUUUAUGAAUUAAGGAAUUUUUUUCAUGUAUAGAGCAGAUCGUCAGUGCUAUCUUUGCAUCAGGCCAACGCCGUAGGACGCUGCCUAGCGCUACCAACUACGCGUGUUAGUAUUUCUUAAAUCAUGACACAAACUACACAUAGCCUCCCAUAGCUAAAAUAUAUCUUACCGAUAUACUGUUCAACUUUGAUUCCGACGUGUACGACACGCUCGCACAAGACCGAUUCCCGCCAUUAUCACUAAGCUAGUCCAAACAUACAACGCUAGCGCUAAAUGGUAGCACAUGACGUAAAAUGAUUCUAUUUUUAAAAAUUUAACAUAAUGACCUUUUUUUUAAAUGCUUUUGUGUUUUUAGCUUGCUAUCAUUAUUAAAAAAAAAGUGCCUUUGACCCGUUUUGUGACCAAAGUAAACCAACAAAAUGGCCACCUCACAUGCAAACAUGUUUUUGAUGUUUUUUUCCCCCCCUUCUUUAAUAAUAAAAUGUUGCAACUGCAUCCACUCUUGUUUUGUCAUUAACUGACAUGCCUCAGGGAAAGGAAAAAUUCACACACAAAUGCAAUGACAGUUGACAUCAUUGUUGUUUUAAAAUUUUAAAUGAUUUUAGUUAUUUCAAAAUGUGUUCGUCUUCGUCUAGUUUUAGUCGACAAUUCUUAAAAUGUUUUCGUCUGAACUUCGAAAGUUUUUGUCCAUGAAUAAAUACAUAAAUAAAUGGUUACCAACAAUUUUAAAUGAACAUUGAGAGGCAAGCACGUAAUUGUAGCGUGUAACAUGUUGAUGACGAUAAUACACACUCAGUAGGAAAACAGCACAUUAUCUGCAACUAGAAAUCGCAAUUUUUGGAGAAAUUACUCUGGGUCUUUGCCCCGCCCAGGUUGGUUUGGGGACAUUUCGGGGACAAUAUCGGGUCACUUCCUGUUGAUCUGGGAACAUUUGGGGGGCGUGGCCUGGUCAUAUCAGGUCAUUU